AUGGAAUCUUUAUAUUUCUCAUUAAUUGAUAUUAAUCCAAUUUUACAAUGUUCUCUAUGUAAUGGAUAUCUUGUUGAUCCAUAUACAAUAAAAGAAUGUAUGCAUACAUUUUGUCGUACAUGUAUUCUUGUUUAUUUUGAAAAUUUAUCACCUUCAGAAUAUAAAUGUCCAAAAUGUAAUAUAAAUCUUCAACCAUUUUCUGAUAUUUCAAAAUGUUUAAUACCAGAUCGACAAUAUGAAGAUAUUCUACAUUCAUUAUUACCAUUACUUAAUGUUGAUGAAAUAAAUAAUGAAAAAAAUUUUUAUGAACAAAAUUCUUUAUCAAUGCCAAAAGAUCUUCGUCUUAAACUUCGUCUUGUACAAAAUCUUUCACCAAUGCGUUUUAUUGAUAAACAAAAUCAUGUACGUAUGCGUUCAUUAAAAACAAAAUCAACUGUAAGUCGUAUAAAAAAAUCAACUAUUCCAAUAGCACUUCAAAUAGAAUUAUGUAAGAAAUAUAUUGAUCCAUCAUUAACAAUAGAACAAUAUCCACGAAAAUAUCUUUAUAUUAAUUCUCAACUUGAAAUAAAUCAUGUACGAAAAUAUAUUGAAACAAUAUGUCAAAUAUCAAAACCCUAUAAAGUCUAUUUAUUUUUUUAUGAUUCUUGUUUGAGUGAUUCAACGCCGUUGUUAUUAAUUAAAAAUUUACUUUUUUCAUCAAAUGAUCGUAUGAAACUUUUUUUUUCUAUUAUGUUAAUUAAAUAA